UUUCACUCUAAAAGGACAGAUUAACAUCUAACCAUACGAGGUUUGGCUCUUUCUUGAACCAUACUAUUUUUCAAAGAGUUACGAAGAAGAUAUUGUGAGAAACAUUUUGUUAGAGAGGACUAGUUUCAUGAGAAAUCUUCAUAAAGUUUGGCUUUAGUAUUUCUCGAGUUGUGUCGCUGGUGCGGAUUCUGGUACUCUUUUCUUGGAAUACCUUUCCUAUAUUCCCGGCCCGGCAGCCAAAAAACAGGUUUAAGUAAAUGGACAAGAAUGGUAAAGAUGAUCACCUCAAGGCGCCUCUUCUGCAACAGUCAGACAGUAGUGUUUCAGUUACUAUGUUUUCGUCAUCUCCAAACAAAACGAUGAAAACAAGGACGGCUAUGUUUAGAGUUGGAAAUGUCAAGUGUUCUUCAUGUGUCACAUCUAUAGAGUCGGCAUUAGGGAAGGUUACAGGAAUUGAGAGCGUCACUGUAUCUGCGCUUCAAGGCCGAGCAGUUGUUAAAUACGUGCCAGAGUUAAUCAAUGUUAAAGCAAUUAAUGAAGCCACUGAAUACCUAGGCUUCCAAGUUAUUGAGUUCCCAGAAGAUAUGGUCGUAUGUCACCUUAGAAUAAAGGGUAUGUUAUGUACUAGCUGCUCAGGUUCCAUUGAACAUGCACUUUUAAUGGUUGAUGGAGUAAAGACAGCGGUUGUGAGCUUAUCCCUUGAAGAAGCAAAAAUUCACUUUGAUCCUACUCUGACCAAUUCGGAUGAACUAAUCCAAGCAAUUGCAGCAUGCUGGCUUUGAAGCAGAACUCGUGAGCAGUGUGAAUGAUGGUAACACACUGCAUUUACAACUUAAAGGAAUCAUUUGUGGUGAAGAUUUGACUAUUAUUAGGUCCUCCCUUGAAUCGGUACAAGGAGUGAACCAUGUUGAGAUGGACAUAAUGGCAACUUCAAGAUGAAACUUAGCUUAUAUAAAGACAACUCUCUUUAUUGAUGUUUAGAAAAUCUCUCAAAACUAAACACAAGCUCUAAUCUUGCUCAUAUAUGAUCAACCACAACUUUG